GUCUACUGGUUUAAUCGCUGGUGUCUGUGUAGGUUGUAUUGGUGUGAUAGUGACCGCAGUUGCUGUAGGUGUGUAUGUAUGGUUGACGUUAAAGAAGAAGCGUAAGUCAGGAAUUGAACCUCAGUCAAAUGGCAACGCGAACAUAGAACUUCAGUUAAACAACAAUCCUGUAGGUCAUUCUAGAAUAAGUAUUAGAAACGUUUCUCCCUCGCUGUCACAUAACAGUCAUGAUAUGCCGCCACCGUACAGUCCAAGUUUGACUAGACCAGCACAAGGUCCAGGUUUGAAUCCUACAAGACCAGUAUCAGGUCACUCCCAAACAUCGCAAGUUUCGUGUAUAAAUGAACCUGACAGAAUAGGAAAACCAUCUCUACAGCCACCCCCAUACAGACAGAAUAGGAAAACCAUCUCUACAGCCACCCCCAUACACUGCACAAACAAUGAGGUCACCGGCACGUGCCGGGCGACUAGCUCCGCGUGUAUACACGUUUCAACCAUCACCGGCAAGAAGUCUUGCACCGUCAAGGGCUUGGUAGAUAGUUUAUACGAGUAUAUUAUACAAAAGUACCAGUGUGCCUGUAACGGAGUUUAUAUGACUUUUAUCAACAGAUUACAGUAA